AUGAAACUAGGGUUAACUAGAAAUGAAGAGCACGCAGCACUUGGUGUUUCUGAUCCUAUCGACACUGUAGCGAUGAUCGUGGCCUCUGAGGAGGAGCCUACGGAGGGAGCGAUGACACCAAGCCCGACUAUACUCCAGCAGAGCACCUAUCCAAGCCAGAAUAAAAGCCAGUUGGGCUUGAGCUUCUCAGUUUCGAUUAUGAGGGGGACGAGGACGAUAAGGACACUGCCACCUCGCCGGAGAUCUCACCACCCUGCCCCACUCUUUCACAUUGAUCCUACAGAGUACACACUGGUACUUAGGUGA